AUGCAUCCCGGUCCCACCGUGACGGUGGGGGACACCGGCGGGGGCUCCGCCGGCCCCGGCCCGCCAGCCCCCGCCUCUGCGGCUGCAGGCAGCCCCGAGCCCUCCCGGUCACCGACCCCGGAGGGCGGCCGACCGUGCCAGGCACGGGCACACAGCAGCCCCCCACCACUGCCCCGCAGCCGUCACCGGGGCCACCAGCGGCUGCAGUCGCUCCCCUCCGCCAUGCCACAACGCCCCAGCACCGGGCACCCGUACCCGCUGCUCCCCCCGUCAGUGCUGCUGGCACCCACGGGCCCCGACAGGUACCCGGGAGCGCAGAUGCUGGUCCCAUCCCGGUACCCACCCGGCCCAGCAGACGACAACGGUGAGCCGUCGGACAGCCUCGUGCUCUCCGUACUGGAUGCUGCGUGCAGGUACGCCAUAAAGGCUGCCUUUCAUAUCCAGCCAUACAAAGGGCACGAUGACCACACCAUGCAUGAGAAUAUCAGAUACAUCAUGGACAAAUACAGAUCACACGCAGCUUUUUAUAAGUCCAAGACCGGCACCGGCAAUAGUCUCCCACUGUUUUAUAUCUAUGAUUCCUACUUGACAUCAGCUGAAUCCUGAGCCAACAUUCUCAUGCCAUCAGGCUCCCAUUUUCUCUGCAACACCUCUUACAACGCUGUGUUCGUAGCGCUGCUGGUGGAGGAGGGACACAAACAUGAAAUACUCUCCGCAGGGUAUGAUGGCAUGUACGCAUACUUUGUGCCCAACGGUUUCUCUUUUGGCUCAUCCCACCAGAACUGGAACGCAAAAAACUUCUGCGACUCCAACAAGCUGAUGUUCAUCCCCAGCGCUGGCCCAGGCUACAUCGACAGCAGCAUUCGCCCCUGGAACAACCACAACACUCGGAACAGAGUCAAUGGUAAGUACUAUGAAACAGCUCUGCAGGCUGCUCUCAUGGUCAGACUAGAGAUCGUCUCCAUCAUAUCCUUCAACACAUGGCACGAAGGCACCCAGAUCAAGAAAGCUGUACCCAAGAAGACGCUGACACGCCUUCAUCUGGACUACCUUCCUCAUCAGCCGAGCACAUACCUGGAGCUGACUCGCAGAUGAGCAGAACAUUGCAGCAAAGAGAAGACAUCCCGCUGA